AACCCCGCCGCCCUUCCUGAUUCAAUCAUUCCCUGCUCACGCUCUGUGCAGUGCAUAUCGCUCCUGCUCUCGCACCCUGUAAAUACGUAGACGUAGUUCGUUUUUAGUUACGUACUAAGUUAAUAUGUGUCUCGCUAAGGAAGAAUCACAAUCGCCGCAGAAAGAGGCUCAGUCGCCUCGUUCGCCUUGGAUGAAGCUCUUAAAUAGACAGGGCUCAAAGCCAAGACUGCCACGAAAGGUGACUAGCUCAACGCGUGUGAAUCUUAAUAAGUGCUGGUCAAAAUUGGGUGAGCUAAUCUCCAAUGCGGCGCCACGCACUGACCUGCCAUCGCAUAAGACUGCGUAUCUCGAUGAACCGGUAAUAGUGCCGUUCUCCGAGUACUUCUAUCCAACGGAUCCGGUUAAACCGGUAAUCGAAGACUACGACAAUGCUGAAAAUCAAAACAUACUCAACUCCAGCCGCUUCGAGCUCAUCUCUGACGAUUCAGAAAUAAGUGACAACAUGGCGAACGAAGUUCGGGAAAUCUGCUACACGGCGACUAAGUCCAAUUGUUUCGUAUGUAAACUUUGCUAUUAGUUGCUCCAUCAGUCUUCCAUCUCUAUCAGUUUUAAUUUUUGGUACUAAUGCAGUGAAAACAAAAUCAUGUCUUCCAACGUUAGAUUAAGUGAGUGUUGCGUCAGCACGCCCAUGUCUUCCAUUAGACUUAGUGACGAAUUAAGGCACGCUAACAUCAUCCACUGCAUGUGAUUUUAUUGUGUGAUCUGUAGCAUAAGUGAUAUAGUUAUUCGGUUGAUCUUAUCGUGCCUUAGUUCAAAGUAAAUUAGUUGUUCGUUAUAAUGUAACAGUAAAUUGUCACAUCAAGUUUUGGUAGACAGCUUUAAUGCAAACUGCACUGUAAUUAUCACGCACCUCUGAAUCUUCUGUUUCAAUUGUAACAUCUAAUUUUUACUUCAAUCCAACGUCUUCCAUUAGUUAUAAGUGAUUAUCUGUGAUACAAAGUGUACGCGAAGCUUUAAUUAGAAUAAGUAAAGACAUUUUAUAUUGUAUUCUUAAUAGUAUAGAAAUAUCUAAUGCAAUAAUUUAUCUUUAGUUUUACGCGCCAAUUUCUUAGGUUAUAAAAUUAGUUCUAGUUUGUAAAUUAUUGCAUUAGAUACAAUAGAAAAAAUCUAUAUAGAAGCUUUAAUUAGUUGUAAGUUAGGUAAGGUAAUCGUCAUUAUUAUGUUUUUAUUUUUUUUUUUCUUACUUUUGUCAAAUUAUAAUAAUUGGUCUUAAUAGUGUUAAGAUAAAGUGGGCCGAAUGUGCCAAUCUAAUUUUAAGUUUUUCUUUAUUGGAUUCUUUAUUCUCGAUGUAGUUAUUAAUUUUUUAAUAUAAGUUAAUGAUAAUAACAAUGUGCCUUCUUAGUGUACUAUUUGCCUUUUCGAAUAAGUUAGUUUAUAAACACAAAAUAUAAAUAUAAGUAGAUCGUAAGUUUAGUUUCUAAACCAUUUUGUAGACUGAUAUUUGUAAGAACAAGACUUUCGUUUGAUCUCUGUUUAAUAAAUAUACUUUAAUAAAUA